ACAUUCCCAGUGGAAUUGCACAGUAACGCAAAUAAAUAAAUAAUAAAUGAAACUCAGAGCAUUUUUUCAUAAACUAAAAACGUUUUGAGAGAGGCAAAUUGUGACAGAAAGAUCGCUGAGAAAGAAAUAUUUUAACUACUCUACCCACAAUUCAGUUGUAAAGUACAUGUCGACGUCAAACGUCAAAACAUGAUUGUAAACACGGAAGUGUAUGUUCUUGGUGCUGAAUGAUCGUAGACAGAGGGAGAGUUGUUUUUUAAUAUGCACCUAAAUAUUAUUUUUAUAUGUUUUCGUUCGACAAAGCCUUAAUGUGUGAGGUUAUUUACGAAGAUAAAAUGGAAACAAAAUCAGUGUGCCUAUCAGUUGAAGUGCGUAAUGCUAGCUGAUCGUUCAUUCAUUAAUUCGUCUUUUUCAUAAUAGCUUUCCGCUGACAUUACAUACUGAUCCAGUGUGGUGCUGACACUCAAAAUGAAGAUGAUCACCUUCUUCCUGUUUGGACUAGCAGUCCACAUGGUCUUCUUCCUUUCUAUCUUUGACAUCUACUUCACAUCUCCCCUGGUCCACGGCAUGACACCCCAAGCCACAAAACUGCCAGCCCCUGCCUCUAGACUGGUGUUAGUGGUGGCUGAUGGUCUCAGAACAGACAGUUUGUUCACCCCACUCCCCAACGGCUCAUCCAGAGCCCCAUACCUGAGGAGUGUGAUAGAAGAGAGAGGUACCUGGGGUGUGUCACACACGCGCGUGCCCACUGAGUCUCGGCCCGGUCAUGUUGCUCUGAUUGCUGGCUUCUAUGAGGAUGUUAGUGCUGUUGCCAAAGGCUGGAAGGAGAAUCCUGUGGAGUUUGACUCAGUGUUUAAUGAAAGCAGAUACACCUGGUGCUGGGGAAGCCCUGAUAUUCUGCCUAUGUUUGCCAAAGGUGCCAGUGGAGACCAUGUGUAUACCCACACCUACCCAGCUGAGGAGGAGGACUUUGCCUCCACAGAUGCAUCCAGACUCGACACCUGGGUGUUCACUCAAGUCAAAUCAUUUUUUCAGUCAGCGAAGUCUAACUCCAGUCUGAGGUCCAGUUUGCUUGAGGAGAAGAAUGUCUUUUUUCUGCAUCUGCUGGGCAUUGACACAAAUGGACAUGCUCACAGACCAAUGUCACAGGAGUACCUAGACAAUAUUGGUCUAGUAGAUGCCGGUGUAGCUGAGAUGGUUUCUGUAUUUGAUGAAUUCUUUGGUUACGAUGGCAAAACAGCCUAUGUGUUUACCUCUGAUCAUGGCAUGACAAACUGGGGUUCCCACGGUGCAGGCCAUCCCUCUGAGACACUCACUCCUUUAGUGGUGUGGGGAGCUGGAGUUCAUAAUGCUCAGAGAGUCACUGAACCCCAGCCAUACAACGACAGAUACCUACAAGAUUGGAAACUGGAGCACAUCCGUAGGGUUGAUGUCAGCCAGGCUGACAUUGCACCCCUCAUGGCUACUCUCAUUGGUGUGCCCAUUCCUGUCAACUCAGUUGGUGUGUUACCUCAUCCCUACCUUAACAACAGUGACCAGUUCAAGGCAGAAAGCAUGUACACUAAUGCUAUUCAAGUACUACAGCAGUAUAAGGCGAAAAUGACCCAGAAAAAGGAGACAACCUUGUCUUUUCUCUUCACCCCAUACCAACAACUGACUGAGUCAAAACAAGCGGAUUUUAUUCGCAAGGCCAGAAGAUUGAUUCAGCUAGAGAAGUAUGAGGAUGCUAUCUCUCUGUGCCAGUUUCUUAUAUCUCAUGCCCUGAAAGGCCUAGUUUAUUACCAUACCUAUGACAGAUUCUUCCUGGGUUGUAGUGUGGUGCUAGGAUUUGUAGGCUGGAUCUCAUAUGUCAUCGUAGUCAUACUGAAAAUGCACACCGGCCUAAACAGAUGUCCCAAUCUCCACAAACAGAUUCCCAGCCAUACCCUGGCGAGGUUGUGCAUUUGUGUGACAGUUGUAAUCACCGUGUUCCUGCUUAUCCUAAAUAGCCCAGUUACCUACUAUAUUUACUGCCUGCUGCCUGUCCCUGUGUGGUACUCUGUCCUUAAAGAGUCUGGAACUCUUACAGAUUUGAUCCAUUCAGUUCCCUCUUUGCCACUGUGGAAAUGUUUAGGCUAUUUUCUGCUGGUGGCAUUUGGAGUUGAGCUACUGGUGGUGAGUUUUUUUCACCGUGCCGUGUUGACUGUUGGCCUGACUGUCCUCUCUCUCUGGCCCUUCCUUUCGGGGCUUUUUGACAAGAACAAGUUCCGUUCACUGAGCUGGUUUCUGGGCUGUCUGUGUUUGGCUGCUUUCCCCCUGAUGCCUGUUGUGGGUAGAGAGCCUAACAUGCAUCUGGUUACCUGUGCAGGUCUAGUCACCCUCUUCACUUCAGCCUGUUACCUGUGGUCAUCACGACAGAGAACACCGCUGCACCUUUAUGACAGACAGCAGUUUGUCACCCAGAUGUUCCAUGUGGCAGUGUGUGCGUACGUGCCGUACCUCACACACUCCAGCCUGCAGCUCAAACAGGGCCUGCCACUUCUUAAUCAACUCAUCAGCUGGGCCACAUUAGCAUCCUCUAUGCUAAUUCCAUUGUUGAGCUCUACACGUCUUUUCCAUCGACUCCUCAGUAUAUUCCUCUCGCUCACAGCCACAUACCUACUGCUCAGCACCGGGUCAGAGGCCUUGUUCCCCCCUGUGUUAUCUUGGUUGAUGUUUGUGUGGCUCAACAUGGAACAGGAAGCUGUGCUUGCCCAGGGUGUCUCUAGCAGGCAAGAGCUCUCCACUAUUGAUUUCUCUGCAAAGAUUGACAUCACCAACAUCCGCCAACUGAAGCUGGAUGAUGUCAGAAGAUCUUACUUUUUUGUGUUUUUUAUAAUAACAGCUUUUUUCGGCACUGGGAACAUAGCUUCAAUUAACAGUUUUGACCCAGCAUCUGUUUACUGUUUCCUGACUGUGUUCAACCCCUUCAUCAUGGGAGGACUGAUGAUGUGGAAGGUUAUCAUUCCAUUCAUAAUAGUAAUGUGUACAUUUGAGACCAUCCAAGUUGCAACACAGCUCUCAUCAAGAAGUUUGUUCCUUAUUGUCCUGGUCAUCUCUGAUUUAAUGGCUCUACACUUUUUCUUCCUGGUGCAAGACUAUGGCAGCUGGCUGGACAUUGGCACAAGCAUUAGUCACUAUGUGAUAGUGAUGUCAAUGACCAUCUUCCUGAUGUUGCUGAGUGUGGUCACACACAUUCUCACUUCACAAAGGUUUAUCCUGUGGAGGAAACCCAAGGUGCACUUCACCUAAGUAAACAUGUUGGUGCUUGCAUGCACAUUAUGGACAUGCAUACCAGUUAGACCAACUGUUUAGUAUUUAUUUUACUUUUAGACAUCUUUCAUUUGGCACCUGCCUUAUCGAAGCAGAGUUUGUUUAUAUAAGACAUGAGAUACUGUUUUAGGACUGUAUACGACAGUAUGUAGUAGUGUGCCAAAAGCUUGUGCCACUGGACUAAAUUGUUUAGCGUUUGACACCAUAUGAAAAAGAAAUGACAACUUACUAUAGAGAAUUAUUUCAGGUUUACCUGUGCUUGUUUGUUUGUUUUUUACUUCAAUGUUACAGUGUGAUUUUAACUAAUGAAACAAUUAAAGACUUCCCUCA